UUGACGGGAGGAAGGAGUUCUGCAUGUCACCGUCACCGCGCUGCAAAAAUCCAAAAAAGAUCUCUCUGCGCGCUCGUGGGAGGAAGAUUUCCACUCCACGUCGCGUCCCGCGGAGCCGCAGUGCGUCACAGCCUUUCUGCUCGUUUGACCUGAGAAGAGGUUUGCGUUUGUCCGCAUCUGCAGCGGACUUGUUUUGUUUUGGUGCGCGGCAAUGAUGGCCACUUACCAGAGCUCAGAGGAUGACGCAAUGGCCCUGAUGAUCCAUGACACCAACGCGAACAAGGAGAAGGAGCGACCCAAAGAGGAGCCGGUCCAGGACAAAGUCCCCGAGAAGCCAGACCCGUCCCAGAAACCGCCGUACUCUUAUGUGGCUCUCAUCGCCAUGGCGAUCAGAGAGAGUUCAGAGAAGCGCCUCACUCUGUCCGGUAUUUACCAGUAUAUCAUCAGCAAGUUCCCCUUCUAUGAGAAAAAUAAGAAAGGCUGGCAGAACAGCAUCAGGCACAACCUGAGCCUCAACGAGUGCUUCAUCAAGGUCCCGCGCGAGGGCGGCGGAGAGAGGAAAGGGAACUACUGGACUCUGGACCCGGCCUGUGAGGACAUGUUCGAGAAAGGGAACUACAGGAGGCGCCGCAGGAUGAAGCGGCCCUUCAGACCUCCACCAACGCACUUCCAGCCGGGGAAGUCCUUGUUCGGAGGCGACGGUUACGGCUACCUGUCCCCACCCAAGUACCUGCAGUCCAGCUUCAUGAACAACUCCUGGUCACUAGGCCAGCCGCCCACCCCGAUGUCCUACACGUCCUGUCAGAUGACCGGCGGCAACGUGAGUCCAGUCAACGUGAAGGGCCUGUCGCCCCCCUCCUCGUAUAACCCUUACUCCCGGGUGCAGAGCAUGGCGCUGCCCAGCAUGGUGAACUCUUACAACGGCAUGAGUCACCACCAUCACCCCGCGCAUCCACACCAUGCCCAGCAGCUGAGCCCGGCCACCGCGGCGCCGCCGCCCGUCUCCUCCAGUAACGGAGCGGGCCUUCAGUUCGCCUGCUCCCGCCAGCCCGCGGAGCUGUCCAUGAUGCACUGCUCUUACUGGGAACACGAGACCAAACACUCGGCGUUACACACGCGGAUUGAUAUUUGAGGUUUACCAGACUGUCAGCGUCAAAAACUGAGGACUCAAAGAGCGAGAGUUAAAUUCCUGUGAUUUCAACACCGAUUUUGUUUUGGUUUGUUUUUUUUUUGUAUUUUUGAAGAGACUUUUGUGACGAGCUGUUCGGGUCCAGCUGACACGAGGAGGUUACAGUAUGCGCGAGGAGGUUUUUACGAAAUGGAAACGGGAGGUAAAGGAGUCGUCGGGACGCAUCAGGUAGCUCAACCUCUGGGAGCAAUUUCGUGUUACGCUUGGACUGACGCUCAUAACUCGUAGUCUAAAAUGUCCAUUCGAAAAGAAAUAUAUAUAUAUAUACAUAUUAUUAUAUUUGACCGGGACAGACAUUGCUGCGUGUUCGCGAGGCCGUGCGUAACGACCACUUUUACGCACGGCCUCUCCAAACUGUUGCCAAAUGAAAGGCGCACAGUAAGAUGCUCUAAUGCUUUAAUGUGACAUGAAUCAGAGGCGCGUGGCCUCCAGAGGAAGAAAAAACACCGAGCUGAAACUUCACUCGCCUCCUCUUUAGUUUACUUUAUUUCUUCUUCUUUUUUUUAUCAGACUGCCAAAAAAACACAAUUCAGGGUUUUCCAACAUAUUUUUCCCCACAUGUUUGUAUAAUAACGAUUUCCAAUAUGACGCCAGCCAUGCAGUGCCAGUUCUUUCCUGUUAAUCUCUCAAAUGAUUAUUAUUAUUAAUAUUAUUAUUAUUAUUAUUUUUUAUUAUUUUUUUAUAAACGUGAUUAGCUACAGUAUGUUGUCUCCUUCAUGUCGGGGCCAUGUUUCAUUUUAAUAGCACUUUUCCCUCCCUUCUUUUCUAGAUUUGUGAAUUUUCUUAAUAAACUUGCAUUUCUCAAACUGAAA